CCCCUGAACAAUCCCUCGUUUUGGAAUCAACGCGGCGGCGGAUUGAAUAGACCUGUUCGACUUCAUGCGGGAGCUGCUCAGCCCGAUCGAUCUAAAUGUUCAGUGUUCUUUUGAGUCACUCUCGCGGUAUUGUGAUGUCAUGCACCAAUCAGUCUGCGCAGGCGCCGCAUGAGGUCGAAAUAACCCACCCACAAGAGGAACCUGAAGUUACGUAGCAGCCAGCCAGCCAGGCAUAUUUACGCACGCCGUGGAUGUGAAAUUCAAACUGCUGUUUUACUACAUGCUGCUGAACUUCUGCCUCGCUUGUUGAUCUUUAUCUUAUGGUGUUUUAUUACACAAAGAACGCACGCCGUGGAUGUGAAAUUCAAACUGCUGUUUAAUGCUGCUGAACUUUUGCCUGGCUUGUUGAUCUUUAUCUUCUGGUAUUUUAUUACACACAGAACGCACGCCGUGGAUGUGAAAUUCAAACUGCUGUUUUACUACAUGCUGCUGAACUUCUGCCUCGCUUGUUGAUCUUUAUCAUCUGGGAUUUUAUUACACAAAGAGUUUACCGGAAGUUACGUGAUGACCACGAAAGCCGCGUGUUGUUACUGCUGAAACCGUCUAUACGCUGUGGAUGUGAAAUUCAAACUGCUGUUUUACUACAUGCUGCUGAACUUCUGCCUCGCUUGUUGACUUUUUACACAAAGGGAAGUACUUUGAGAUUUCUUUAAAAAAAAGCGAGAAAAAGGUUUUAGUAAUUCUAAGCAGCGCAUUGCUCGGUUGGCUUGUUUGUUCAUUCGUAGCUCUUUUUGCUUGAAGUGCCACAGUUAUUCACAAUCCUCAUUUACAGUGCAUAAUGGAAAACUUGUGGGCCAAGCGAAGUGAGCGACUUGAGCGAAAAAACAUGCGUAAAAGGGCAGUUAGACGUGUCGAUAGGAUGUUUGAGUCUUUUGAGAAGGAGAUCAAUCCUCUGCCUGAAAAGAGACCAAACACUGACGCUGAAGAUGUUUGUUCUAGUGUUGAGACUGUUUAUGAAUGUGAGGAGAAGAUUUCUAGUGAAGAUUCUAAUGAUAGUGACUCGAAUGAAAGUUUUUCAUGUAAUGAUUUGGCAAGCUCUUUGUCAGGCUGGGCAGUUAAGUUUGGUGUUUCUUUAGUUGCUCUUACAGCACUUCUGUCUAUACUUAAAGUACAUCAUCCAUUCCUUCCAAAAGAUGGGCGUUCUUUGCUCCAAACAACAAAACGGUAUUUGGUGGAUAAAGUAGCAGGUGGUACUUACCACUAUUUUGGAAUAUUAAAAUCUCUUGGUAAAACGCUUGAAAACCUGUCUCUUAAAGUUCCUGAUAGACAUGUGUUCAGGUUACAGCUAAAUAUAGAUGGCCUGCCUUUGUUUAAAAGUUCAUCUCUUCAGUUCUGGCCAGUGUUGGGUAUGUUGCAGGAUUGUGUUGAUAAAAAGCCAUUUUUAAUAGCUUUAUUUUGUGGUGUUAAAAAGCCAAACCCUGUUUCAGACUACCUAGAUGCUCUUGUAAAGGAGAUAAAUAGCUUGACCCAAGGUUUUGUUAUAAAUGGUAAGUCUUUUUGGUUGAAGAUAACUUCAGUUAUAUGUGAUGCUCCAGCUAGAGCCUUUGUUAAAUGCAUUAAAACUCAUACUGGCUAUUCUGGAUGUGACAAGUGUGUUCAGUCAGGUGUUUACAGUAACCAUCGCAUGACGUUCCCUGAGAUUUGUGCAUUUCCAAGGACUGAUGAGUCUUUUAAGCUAGCUCUAGAUGAAGAUCAUCACACAGGACAUUCACCUCUGACUAAUACUAAUAUAGGGAUGGUUAGUUGCUUUCCUCAUGAUUAUAUGCAUUUGGUGUGUCUUGGUGUGGUUCGAAGACUUUUAGAUUUGUGGAUGACCAGUACUGGACCUUUACCAUGUCGUCUUUCUGGACAUCAUGUUAAGACUAUCUCUGAAAGAUUAACUAAUUUAAGAGUUUUUGUCCCAGUUGAAUUUGCUAGAAAACCAAGGAGUCUGGAGGAAAGACUAAGAUGGAAAGCAACAGAAUUUAGACAGUUUCUUCUGUAUACUGGGCCAGUUGUUCUUAAACGUUUUCUGUCCGAACAAGUGUAUAAUAAUUUCAUGCUUUUGUCUGCUGCAAUCUGCAUUUUAGCAAAUCCAACAUUUUGUUUAACAAUGAAUGAAUUUGCCAAAACUUUGCUUGUUUCAUUUGUUGAACAUUUCAGUAAGUUGUAUGGCUCUGAUUUUGUCGUGUACAAUAUACAUGGAUUGAUUCACCUUAGUGAUGAUGUGGGACUUCAUGGUCAUUUAGACCUAAUAUCAGGCUUUCCUUUUGAAAAUUAUUUGCAGAAAUUGAAAAAAAUGAUCAGGAAACCACACAGCCCCUUAACUCAAGUAAUUCGAAGGCUGUCUGAAAUGGAGGCUGUGCACUCAAACAGCAGUACUGAAGUUAAGGAAUUGAAAUCACAGAUGAAAUUCAUGCACACAGAUGGGCCAGUUCCACGGUUGUUUGACGAAACUUCUGUGCAGUUCAGAGAGUUGAUUCGGGAUGGUGUGGUUCUUAAAACUUCAGAAGGUGAUAAUUGUAUUGAGGUUAAUAAUGUUGUUGUUCUGGUACAAAACAUUAUUUGCUUUAAAGGGAGUGAGUUUGUUGUUUAUAAAGAGUACACCAAGAAAGAAAGUUUAUUUGACUACCCAAUAGAUUCACAGGAAUUAGGGAUUUUUGUUGUUUCAGACCUGUCAUUGGAGCUGAAAUGUGCAAGGCUUACACAAAAUAUACACAAAAUUUGUUUUACAAGGGGACACAAGAUUGUUGUUAGUUCUUCACUCUACACAAAAAACAUGUACCACAUUGUGAGCUUUCUUGAUACCCAAGAAGUGGAGGUUGUGCCAGCAGUCUGGGUAAAAAAUGGGAUUUGUUUAUGGCCUCCAUAUAAGGGUGAAGGAAUUCAGAGGGCAACCAAGUGUUUGGAGCAACCUAGGGAGUCUUGGUCUGCUUAUAAAAUAAAAAUUAUGUAUACUGCAGAAAGCUAUGGUGAAGCACGCCGGAAGCUGCCGCUUGCUGAGCUACAGACUGAUCUCCAGUCUGAGGCAGAGCUUGAGUCCCAGAGGCCACCAAAACGCAAAACAAAACGAAACCGGCGCCUUUUGGAAGAUUAUGACACUGAUGACGAGGCUAUUGCACCCCAAAAAGACAAUUUGCCACAUGCCCCGCAAAUACAACCACCACCUAAAAGGAUUUGUUCAUCUACUGAGGUACAACCAAGUCCUCAAAGACAACCUCAACCCUCCAUAUGUCCUCAGAAGUCCUCGUGUCUGACACGGAUCCCAGAAACUCCAGGCCCAUCCUUGUUGGACAUAAGCCCUUCAAUUGAAAUGCAAGAGAGAAAUCUUGGGUCUUCAUUACGCCAAGCAAUAGAUAUGCCUGAACCGAUGCCUACCCUGCCUUUUCACAAUACACCGUCUUCUGCCAGAUCAUCACAGCAUAUCACAGGACAUCAAAAUGAAACCACUUUACAGUCUCCUGAUCACGCAGUGGAAUCACUGUGGCAUUAUGACUCUUUGACUCCCAGAGUCCAGACAAAGCGCCUCCCAAGCAACGAUCCAUUCCAGAGAUCAAUUCUUCAUGACAUUUUGACAAAACUUGAAAUAGUUAUGGAGCAGCAAAGACGUCUUGUAAGAAUGGUUCAAGAUCUCAAACAAAACAAUGUUGGUGAGAUCACGGAGGAUAACCACUUAACUCCAAAAUAUUUUCCAGUUGAAGAUUUAAGAUCAUUAACUUCCCUGGAAAGUGAUCUUCAAUCCGCACCGGAAACGAGACGAAAAGUGGUACUCGAACUUGGAUUGCUGGGUGGGGUGGACUUGAAGGAUACGGUUUGGAGAAUUAUGAAGCAGGCGAUUAAAAAUGACUUUGCUAAAACCAUUAACUGGAGAGGUUUAAAUGGAAAAACGCCAUUCCAAAAUUUGGAGCUUAAAAGUGUUGUCAUUGAGGCUGUAAGAAGAAAUCCAGUUUGUGCCCAAAUUACUGAGCAGGAAGUUGAACAAGUUAUUAGACGGUGGUUUUACUUUGCUGGUGAUCGUGAGGGUGGCAGAAAAAAAAGAACAUUACAAAAUUUAAAUUUUAAUAACUGAUUUUAUUGUAUUUUUAAUUCUGCGCACUUUUACUUUUGCACCUUUUUUACUUUUGCAGGUAUUUUUUACUUUUGCACGUGUGAACAAUUUUGGCUUUUACUACCUGUUUGUUGGUUUCACUUGAUUUAUGCACAUUUACUUGCUUCAAUUUGCACUUGCUUUCCUGUUUAACAUUUUAUAACUUGGAUUUUAAUUUCUUUUACACUUAUUAUUUUCUUGAUUUGCUGUUGGUUAAAUCUAUUAUUCUCAUUUUAUUUUUGAAGCUUGGUUGAUUUUUCUCUUCUGAUAUUACAUUUUUAGUUUGUCUUUUAUAACCAGCCUUUAUUUUUGGGUUCACACGUACUUUGUCCAUUACUGCUUUGUUUAACAUUUUAACCUACUGCUUGAUUUUUAAUCUGUUAUUGUAAUUGUUGCUUUUAUUUUGUCUUCUGCUGCUAUUGUUUUUUAGUUAUAUUUUUAUUGCACAUGUAAAUAGUUUGUAUUUUUUAACCAGUUUUGUUGUUCUUUUAUUACACUGCACAUUUACUAAAUUUUUUUUUUUUUUUUUUUGAUUCACUACCUUUUUUUUGGUUGGUUUUUUGAUUUGUGCACUUUACAUUUUUUUACUUAUUUAACACUUGUUUUUAUUGUAUUGUGACUUGUUUUUUGUUGGUGGGUAAUGUAUUAAGAAAAUUUACACUUUUGGUUUGUUUGAUUUGCGCACUACACAAUUACUUUAUUUUUGCCUUGUUUAUUAAACACUUUGCUUUUUAUUUAUUGUAUUGUUUUUUGCUUACUGUUAUGUCAUUCUUAAUUCCUAUUGUUUUAAUUUUCUUGUAUUUGGCUGGGGUUUGUACCUCCGUGUUAAUAAAAACACUAUAUUUUCAAAACA